CAGGAAGCGCAGAAAGUCUCGUUGAAGCAUGUGCUUCUCUGCUGGGUCGACUCGAGCUGCCGGUGUCAUGCGAGGAUAUCUUUAGACAAUGGAAGAUGAUGACUCAGCAAGAUGAAGGGAUUGACAUUGGAGAAAGGUGCCCGGCCUGUGAUGCAGUCGUCAGAAUGGCACUCGUCGAGGACGAGCUUCGGUGGGCGCGAUGCCAGGCUGGUCACGUCUGGAAACGCUGCUCUGUCGGGAUAGCCCUCAUCACUCAAUCAAGGACCCGAAUCUGCAGCACAUGCGGAUCCGAGUUCAAGAACGCCGCCGAUGCAUCUUGUGGCGUUGAAGAAAGCCUGCUUGAGCAAAGGACGAGGACUUGCUGCAUCUGCAGGGGAGGGCGCCCAAUUCUGCACUAAGCACACACCCUCUGUCACAUACGUGCGGCAUUCGCCCAAUGAGCAAUAUUUCCUUCUUCAUCACUACAUAGGAGAGGGG